ACUUUAGAAACAUCAAGCGGUCAGUCAGGAAAGUUCGGCAGCGAUUUUUAAAAAUUUGCUUUUUAAUGUUAGUAUCUUAUGAAACAUUGUAAAAUCACUCCUGUAGCACUAAUGUGCUCAUGAGUAUGGUCAAAAGUAGUUAAUAAUUUUGAUCAGAUUUUAUUUAUAACUUCGGUCAACUGGGACACUCUGGGGGAAUGGAUAGGCAGAGCUGUUAUAGGAACUUUUGCUUUGUGGUCCCGUUUAGGUUUUGUUCCGCUUCCUAAAAGGUUUUACUCCUGUGCCUUCAAAUGAUUUUACAUUUCUAAAUUUGUUCCCGUCUCCGCUCCCCGGAUCGACGUUUGCUGCAAUGAGAACCUGCAACAGACUCCUUGUUGUAACUCUAAUUUUCAUCACAUCAUUUCCAGAUCUUCAGGCAGAAACACGCCAAGUGACUGGAUAUGUUGGCAAAGAGGUCAUUUUGAAAUGCCAGUUAGCCCGAGGGUCAGAAAACAUUACUCAGGUUCAGUGGCAAUUUCAGUCCACGGUUAUUCUCGUUUUCAACACCCAGUAUGGAAUGAGUAUAAAAGAUUCUCAACUAAAGGAAAGAUUGAAUCUUACAGAACAGUCACUGAAAAUUAGAGAUGUGAAAAUCACAGAUUCAGGGACUUAUACCUGCACUGUAACCACAUACCCCAGUGGAUCACUUGAAGAAAUCAUCAAACUUGAUGUUGUUACUGGUGAGCCUGCCCCAGAACAAAACCAGCAGACACAGAUGUCUGCAGGGAUACUUUGUGCGAUCAUCAUCUCUGCUGUGCUGCUUUUAGGGAUCCUGACGGCUGCAGCUUAUCUCACCUUUGUCAGAAGACAUAAGGCGGCUCGCAGACUUGAAGUCCACAUAGACACAUCAAGUCGUGUAGCGAGUGUGAACAGACCAUCUUAUAUCUACAAGGACCCAGUGAGCACAGAGGAAGUGCUGUAUGCUGCUGUGAAGCCUAAGCAAACCAGAAAUUCAGGAUCUUCACUGAAUAAAAUACCAAGAGCAAAAGUUGAGGAAGUCACAUAUGCAGAGGUCAAGGUUUAUCAUCAGAGGCCCAACUUAGAAACUGUGUUUAGUGUUUGAAUGUUGCACAUAACAAAUUUGCUGCAAAAGUUGUGGUUUUACAAAAAAAAAGCUUUUUUACUCCUCAUUUUAAUCGUCUGCAGCUCUGUGGUUGUUCUGCACACACUUUUUGCAAACGCACUAAAACUAAAUAACAUCAGCCCUUCAGCAUAUCUGUAACUUGUGAUUGUUGCCAAAAAUGCUGUCCAUUUUUUUGUUGUUGUAUUAAUUUAAAUUUACUUUUUUUUAACAAAAAAAUUAAGAAGACAACGCAAGAAACUGUUUGUGAGCUUGUGAUUCAGCUUUUUUUCAUAAUUGCAGGCUAAAUUGUGACUUGCUGAUAUAGAGUUUACCGAGAUGUUCGUGUCCCUUGAGAUGUUCAUGUUUUAUCACAUGACAAAUCAAACUUCAAAUAUUGAAUAGGGAUUUAAUAGGAUAGAGAAACACAUAGCAACACAUUUAGAAGUGGAAGGAAAAUCAUGUCACUUUUACUGGUUUAAAAACUAUAUUUAGCCCCUUUCACACUGGUAGCUGUGAAUGAAAUCCAGUGAGAGACCAGGUUAAACACUGAAAGACAGGGACAAACAAUCUAUAGGAGGAGAAGUCUUUGGCAGCAGCAGGUCGGCUGAUGCUGUCACAGCUAAACACAACCUAAACUUUACCACAUUGUGGAAGAGGUUUAGGUUUAGGUUUAGUUUAGUUUAGUUUAGUUUAGGUUUGUUCUAGCAAGACCAAACCUGAACGUUUUGGACAACAUGCUAAAUGCUUCUCACAAGUAAAACUCUGACAAAUAUGGUGAAGAUUUAAAUGUAACCCCCUUUACUGUGAUACCACUAUAUAUAUAAUAUUGGAACAUGUUAGUGGCAGAUUCUAUAAAGUAUUGAUUUAAGAUGGUGAGGUAUUAGACUACACUAAAAUGGUACAGUUCAUGAUUAACUUGUAUUUUAGACCAUUGUAGCUCUCACUGUUAAAAGUGAUCAACACUUCACUGAUCUGUGGCUUUUUCUCUGGGAUUACCAGCUGAGACAGUGAGCUUCAGUCUUCAAACUGGUUGCUCAUCAGUUUAACUAAGAAAAUAUAAACUGUAAGAAAGCUAACUGCUUGAAUAACAAAACUGUCUGCAUGAUUGCAUCAGCCGCCAGGUUCUACAGAGAUGUUGACAGCAAAUUUGCAAUGCAAACAAGUGUUUUCCCCAGAGUGAUAUUGUAGCAGCUUACAGGAAGUUUCUGUUCCUCAUUUACUGUCUGUUAGUGGAAUAGGAUAAGAAAACCUGCAUAAAAGAAGAAAGUCAUGCCAUUAAUGGAGAAGUGAACUUGCACAUUAAAAGCUACAGUGACUGUUGGCCUUUUCUCAUGUAAACUAAAAGUGUUACAUGAGAAGGGAAGUGAGAAUUACCAAUCACAAUUUGAAUCUACAUUGUUUUAAACCAAUGUGUCUCUGUUAUAUUUCAGUGGCGCUCCUGCUAUGUCUUAACAUCAAUGCCGCCUGCAGGUGUUGCAGCCUGAGAAUGCCUUGUGUGAAAGAAAUGUGAGAAAGCUCAGUUUUCAGGCCUGCAGUAGUUCUGAAGUUCUGUUCGGUGACAGUACGCUUUAACAGUCACCCCAGUCACCCUCUUUACAGUCAGGACUUCCUGACAAUGUGAGACUGUGGUGUGAAACAGCGAGCACCAACGUAUGCGUGUCUGAUGUCCCUUACCCAGCCUUCGUUCUGAGGUGUUGGAACAAAAAUCUGUUUAGUUUUUUUUUUUUUUGAAAUGUUAGGUCAUGUACUUCUGUUUAUUCUCACCAUUGUUUAGAAAGGGAAAUUUGCUUUACCUGUAACUUUAUUUCAGCUCUGUCUGAACGGGAACUAUACUGUCAGUAAACUCUGUAAAUAUAUGUUAAGAUUAAUUUGUAUUUCAAAAUAAAUGUGCUCACUUUUAUAGCUCUAA